UAGGAAACAGAGAAACAUGGCGCCGAAGAGUGGGAGUGUUUUUGCAACUUCGCUUCAACAUUUAGCUCGUUCCUUGUCAAAUUUAGACGAUCCACCAUGGGAAAAGGUCUAUCAGCUUCAGCAGAUGUGUCCCCAGCCAACCUUCCUAGGAACCAAGGGCUUCAGGAUCGAUCCCAGACGCCAAGAUGCAGUAGCUGCUCUAGGAAUAUUCCUCCUGGAGUCCGAUAUGAAGUACAAGGAGAAACUAGUUCCAUAUUUGAUUGAUUUAAUGAGAGGACUAGCCUCGGCGCAAUGGCAAGAACAAACAGGAUACAGAGCCAAAGAAAGUUUGCCAAUGAGUGAAAACUACGCAUUCAGUCUGACAACACUGCUGACUGACAUUGCAGUUAAAGAGCCUUCCUUCAAGGAACAGAUUCUGACUGCUCAGUUGGAUGCAUUGCAGGCGUUAUCCAGACAAUGUUAUCAACUAGGGGAGCCAUCACAAGGUACAUCAUGUCAUCUGAUUGUUCCAGCUCUCUUUGGUAUGGCCCGAGCUAUUGGACGCUCAAGUCACACCGAUGUCCCCUUACUGUGCCAACUGUUCCCCCCUCCCCCACGCAAAUCCCACAAGCAGACCCCGUCAGACAAACCCAAGAAGAAACCCAUUCCUCCAACCUACAGUACCUUCCGUCCUAUUAUCUCACCGACCAUGAAACGCUACUUCCCGCCGGUCAAAGAUGACCCCUGUCAAGGUCAAGGGUCAGACACAGUAGAUGGCAUGGGUCAAAGUUCACUGAGGAUUCACAGAGACACAGAGUCUGAGAAUGAGAAGCUGUAUGGUUUUGAACCGAGUCAGGAAUUGUUUAGUGUCGUUGCGUCGUCAUUUCUCCUGCCUGCUGCAGUCAGAGAUCAAAUGAAAGAUAGACGGAAAAAUCAGUUGGAGUUCAGGACGGAGCAGUUACAGAUCAUUCUGAAAGUUGCCAAAAUUUUGAUCAACAACAAGACCUUAACCGAUCUAGACAAGGCAGCCAAGAUGUACUGUGCUCUGCCUUGGGCAAGGGACUUCCCCUAUCAGUCAUUCAGUGAGACAAUUAGUCUGGUGCUUGUGCUGCUGCUGAGACAUCUGCUGCAGUACAGUGAAGGGCUACCUGAAGUCUUAAUUGAUGGGGUCCAGUCUUUUGUCCAUGAGAUGUACGUCGCUGGUCAGACUAAGAUUCAGGACAAGAAUCUUGAGAUGGCGAUGAGAUCUACCUGCGGUUACAACUCGUUUGAGUUGGCAGUCAAGGCUAACGCUACCUGUGUGGAUAUGCUGGUCUGGGCAGUCAAAGAUGAACAAGGAGGUGAUAGUCUUCUAGGACGGAUGAAUGAGAAGUUACAGGCCCCUGAGGGAACUCUUCAUCUCCUAGCUCAUAUCCCACUGCUUCAUUGUUGUCUGGAGGCCCACGGCACGUUGUCAGAGAAGUUCCCCCUCCUAGCACACCAGUCUAUCAGUUCCCUUCGUGAAUUCCUGCUCCAACACUCGCGCAUCCUCACCAAACUACACAAGUUCUGCCCUAAAGAGGGCGGCAGAUCAAAAAGCAGAGACCGGCAUCACAGCGGUGGCAAAAAGGAGCCUACGUGCGUAGCAUUCUCUGCACUCCGGGAUGCAGCAAUACAUAACCUAUGCAGGUCGUUGCGGGCCGGUCUUCAAGAGAACCCCAACUGUGUCCAAGCCUUUCUUGCCUCUGUCUCCAACAUGCUGUACCUGACGGAGACGGGUGUAGAGAAACUAGCCAUGAAAUCCCACAAUGCCAUCCUGACCUUGGGUCACGUUGCCGUAGCGCUGAAGGACAUCCCUCAGACUAUGGAGAGCAUUCAGCAGAUCUUCCAGCAGCAGUUCUGUAACCCGGCGUCUAAGCUGGAUGAGGCGAUUGUGGACAUGCUGGGCUGUAUGUUGCUGACAGGACAGUCUGGUAUCUACCAGGAAGUGAUGAAUAUGUUUAUGCAGAUCAGCGUAGAGGCUGGGUCCGCUGCCUAUACUCCAGACAGCUCUGAUAAUUCCCACAGAUACAGGCAUUGCUCAUUAGCAGUCAUGAACGCCCUUGCCAACAUAGCCGGUUCCCUGCAAGGGGACCAGGAGCAGCAUGAACUCCUAGUACGUCUCUUAGAGCUGUUCGUUCAGCUUGGUUUGGAAGGCAGACGAGCUAGUGAGAGAUCUUCAUUUGCCAUCAAGGCGUCUAGCAGUGCUGGCAAUCUAGGCAUUCUAAUCCCUGUAUUAGCAACAUUAAUGAGGAGGCUUCCCCCUAUCCGUGACCCAAAGCCGAGGCUUCUGAAGCUGUUCCGAGAUUUCUGGCUCUACACCGUUGUCAUGGGAUUUGCUGUGGAAGAUUCAGGUUUAUGGCCGCGUGAAUGGUAUGAAGGAGUAUGUAUCGUUGCCGUCAAGUCGCCACUUCUUACAUCAUUCCAAGGAGAGCAUCUUCGCUCACAGCUGCAGUACACCUCAGCUCUGAGGAACGAUAGUGUGUCUUAUAAUGAUCUGAAUGAGUUACGGCAGACCAUCCUGACUCUCUUGCACUCCCCGGCUGAGAUCGUACCCUACGUCAACAAGCUAGACUUUGCCCAGUGUACCUAUCUCCUCUCCGUCUACCAGCUAGAGACGCUGCGUGUAAUGCACGGUGAUGCACCCAGCUUCUGCACAAUGUUCGAGUAUCUAGAAGACAUGGCCAUCAUUCAAGACAAGGCAGGAAUGUGGGAUUGCCUGCUGGCUGUCUCCAAUCAAGUCUUCACUAACUUCUUGGAUAUCAUGUCCAACAGGCCAAGGACAUCUGAUCGGGAGGCAGAGCUUGUUAGCCACGCCCAGUUUCUCCUGGUCAAGUUCAACCACAUCCGUAAGCAGAUCAGAAAGAUUGCCGACAAGUACCUGUCCAAACUUGUAGACAGGUUUCCCCAUCUAUUGUGGAAUGGCAGCGUCCUGUGCACCAUGCUGGACAUUCUCCAACUCCUGUCGCGCUCAGUCGUUGGUAACAACAGACAAGAAGCAGCUAUCUUCUCGGUUCCCAACACCAAAUACAACUUAACAGUCUUGGAUACCAGUGAUGCAAGAGAGAUUAUCAUGCGUGAUUUCUCAGCGCGAUGCGGCGGCAUCUUCCAAGAAGCAGUCAAGUGGGCUCCGUCAGUCACGCGGUCCUUAAUCCAGCAAUACUUGAUCAAUCUGGAGAACAUUAACGAGGGAUUGUCACAGCGUGUCAAGCUGGAAGCUGCUACAGAGGAUGCACUACAGUGUGCUGGGUUCAGUAGAGGACCCAUCAGUGGAGGGUUGUCAGACAGCAUGAAGGGUGAUUCCAGUAAUUUUGUCUCGGCAAUGACGCUACGCAGCAGGUUUACUGGAGAGGUGUCAGGAAUGCAAGCCAUCUACAUGCAUGCAGGACCAGGCGGGCUGUCUCUGUCCAAAGUCUUAUGUGAUCAGCUGAUUAAGGCUUGUCAGAUGGGCAAGGAAGAAUCGGUGACGAGCGGCAUGUUUAGGGUCUGUGCGCUGCUCAUAUCAACAGAAGGCUUAGACAGACAUUUACUGCACAAUCUGUGCUGGGCGGCAGUCGGUGUCUUCACCCUACAGUCUAUGGAGACUGCUGUUGCAUGCUGGGAAUGGUUAUUGGCUGCACGACCUGACCUGGAAAUGCACUUUAUGCGUGAGAUGGCAGCGGCUUGGCAGAUGACAGUUGAACGUCGUCUAGGAAUGUUUGCCCCAGACCCUGACCAGCCCAGCCCCCUAGCAGCAGCUAGCGGGGAGGACGUACCCCUCCCAAACCCACCAAAUGCUGCACCUCAUGAUAAAUGGACACAGUUCCUGGCCUCACGUAUAGAGAGCGUCAAGUACAGUCAGAUUGGCAUCGUUGAGAUCUUCACCACUAUGCUUCAUCGGUCCCUAUCCAUGCGCGCUGGUUCCCAGCAUAGUGUCCUGUGUCGUCACAUCGGCGCCAUCGGGCCGCGAUUCCGUCUGUUGUCUAUUGGGUUGUCCUUAUUGCAAGGAGAGACACUGUCCAAUGGGACGGCUAAGAAUGUACUCAGAGAGAGAAUCUACGCAGCUGUCUUUGACUACUUCAGCAUGUUGCCCAUGGUUCCUAGCCAGUCUCUGUCAUUGUUGAAAGAUGACGUCUCAACACUGCUCAAGUUCUUUCAUAUGGUUCUAGCAGAGAAGAAAUACUUGAGGGUGUCCAACAUACUGCCUCAAGAUUCCCCUGAUUCUGGCACGUUAUCUGUCCUACCCACGGACAUGCGCGCCAGCGUGGACAUUCCCAGCAGACAGGGCUUACAGCUGCAGGGCUGGAUGAAUACAACGCCACUGGGUAGUAACAUGUCAGUCAUCUCCAAGAGAUCCUCAGCGGCUAGGAAGGGAGGUGACGUGGGUAUGAAAUACACCAAGGUCUACAUGAGAAGAAGACAUCUCAUCAUGUCCUUAAUUUCCAAUGAGGUUGAGAGGCUGUGUACAUGGUACAACCCCAUGGACGCCGCGGAGCAGAAGAUCCAAUCAGAAGAGAUCUUAGCCGGCUGGAGAGGGCAGCAGAUUAACGAACGCAACUGGCGAGACUUUGUCCGAUUGGCCUGGGAUCUGUCACCUUAUCUGGCUUGCUGCUUACCCAGCAGAUUCAAGAAUUCUGAAGCGUUGGUGCGAGAGGUGACCAGACAGGUCCGUCUGGAUCCAACGACGGUCUGCAAUCAGCCCUAUGCAAUACAUUACCUAGUGACUGAACACAGUGUGGAGGCUGAUGUACCAGAGUUAAGCUACGCAUUGUGCUGGGCACCGGUUGCUCCUGUGGUGGCGCUGUCCUAUUUCUCCAACCAGCACCCACCGCAUCCAAUCACAGCGCAGUAUGCAACCAAGGUGCUUCAGUUCUAUCCUCCUGAGGCUUUGUUGUUCUACGUUCCUCAGCUUGUCCAGGCGAUCCGAUACGACACGUUUGGCUACGUGACGGAGCUGAUCACAAUCCUAGCUCAGAAAUCUCAGCUACUCUCUCAUCAACUCAUCUGGAACAUGAAGACCAACAUCUUCACCGAUGAAGACGCAAAGAACAGAGAUGAUGAAAUUGCCGACCAUCUUGAAACAAUUAUGGAAACCAUCUUCAACAAUCUGUCUGGACCAGCCAAGGCUUUCUAUGAGAGAGAGUUUGAUUUCUUUGGCAAGAUCACUGCAAUCUCCGGUGAAAUCAGACCAUUUCCUAAGGGUGAGGAGCGCAAGGAUGCUUGUCUGAGAGCCCUGAGUAGAAUCAGACUCCAACCUGGUUGCUACCUUCCUAGUAGUCCUGAGGCUAUCGUCAUGGAGAUAGAUUACAAAUCAGGCACACCCAUGCAGAGUGCUGCCAAAGCUCCGUUCCUUGCCAAGUUCAAAGUCAAGAAAUGCGGCGUCCAUGACUUGGAGAGUAUUGGUUUGAGAGGAGGAGUCCGGAAGGAUGAAGAACAGGAUAUGAAGAAACCGCUGAGCUGGGAAGCUUGUAUCUUCAAAGUGGGAGAUGAUGUCAGACAGGACAUGUUGGCACUGCAAGUCAUUGGUUUAUUUAAGAACAUCUUCCGUCAAGUUGGUUUGGAUCUUUACCUGGUUCCUUACAGAGUGGUCGCAACCUCACCGGGGUGUGGUGUCAUCCAGUGUGUUCCCGACACCAAGUCACGUGACCAGCUAGGUCGCCAGACUGACAUUGGCAUGUAUGAGUACUUCCUGACUAAGUAUGGGGACCAGACCACGCCAGCCUUCCAGAAAGCUAGAAGGAAUUUCAUCCAGAGUAUGGCGGCCUACAGCUUGGUAGGAUUCCUGUUGCAGAUCAAGGAUCGACACAAUGGUAACAUCAUGCUGGACAGUGUGGGACACAUUGUGCAUAUAGAUUUUGGCUUCAUGUUUGAGAGCUCACCAGGCGGUAACAUGGGUUGGGAACCAGACAUCAAACUGACUGAAGAGAUGGUCAUGAUUAUGGGGGGUAGGAUGGAUGCCCCGCCCUUCAAGUGGUUCAUGGAGCUGUGUGUUCAAGCUUACCUCGCUGUCAGGCCGUACCAAGAAGCCAUUGUUUCACUGGUUGCCCUGAUGCUGGAUACCGGUUUGCCAUGCUUCCGAGGACAGACUCUCAAACUGCUCCGGAGUCGAUUCAGUCCAACACAUACAGAACGGGAAGCAGCCAACUACAUGUUGAAAGUCAUCCGAGACUCCUGUCUCAGUCCUAGGACUCGGACGUAUGAUAUGAUCCAGUACUACCAGAACCAAAUCCCAUACUAAGACCAAACAUGCCAAGUAUAGAUGCCAAGGUUCCAGAUACAGAGAAUGUGUGCCGUCUGCCUCCCUUCCAAAGCAGAUGGGCUGAAGUUCAAAGACCAAAGUUAACUUUCCAGUUAUCAGCUGAACAUUGGAGUGAUCAGGCCAGUACGUACUACAAAGCAGCUGUCAAGAGAAUUUGUCACCAGCUUUUAUAGUUUACAGUAAGAACGUAAAAAACAAAAUUGUAUAAUUUUAUUUCGGUAAAAGAAGAAUAUUUUAAAUUGCACUGACAUUUAAGUGAUAUAAAUUAUAAUACAUCAUGUUAUACAAGAGUAGGGUCUAUAAAGGAAAUAUUAUAGUAAGGGUAAUUGUUGAAAAUAUUAUGAUAAUUUUAUAGUUGAACGAAGAAAUUGACUGGAGUUGGCUUGAACCUGUGACCUCCGGAUUGCUGUUUCGAUGCUCUACCAACUGAGCUAUCCAGCCCUAUGUUGGCAGUGCCCAACAAAAUGUUAUUAAACUGAAACAUCCAAAGUCCUUUAGAAGUGUGGUUUAGAUUUUCAUGGGAGAAAUUACUUUCAAAUACUUCAGUCAGAGAGUUUUAAGUCACAACGACUCAAAGGGGUUUAGAUUUGAAAGCAUUUGUUUAAUCAAGAAAUACUGUCAUUACUAGAAAAUGUUCUUAGGUUUGAAUGUCUUUAGCACUUAAUGUUAAUGGACCAUCAAGAAAAAACUUAAAGAGAGUCCUAGGUGAAAAUUAAACCGAAAGUAACCUUUUAGCAACCAGUUGUUAUGAAUAGACAGACACUACCCUCAGAAAAGUGUGGUCACUGAAGGGGUAAGAGAGCGUCCUCUGUGUGCAUGCUACUGACCUACAAGGAUUGAUUUGUCAGCAAUUUGUUUACAUUUAGAGUAAACUUUAGGCUACUGUGAGUUUAUAUUUGUAACAUAUUAAUAGUAAUAUAUGCGCAUUGUUAUCAUGUAUCUUCCAUAUACUUAUGAUCAUCCAAGGUUAUGUUAUGCUUAUGCUAUUUUAUCUGAACAUGUCUUUCUAGAAAUAUUUCCUAAAUAUGUGACGUGUAAACGUAAUAUUAAAGCUGAGUUUGGCAUUAUCAUCAAAUGAACACAAUAAACAUUGUUUCAAGUAAUGUCAAAGUUA